AAUUAGCAUUGUUGAUAUACGAAAAAUAGGAUCUAUAAGCUCCAAAUUGGCCGCUUAGACUCGCAUCGAAUUCAUCUCCCAGAAAUAUUUAAACUAUAAUCACUAGAUUGCCAGUUGUGAAUUCAAGAAAGAGAGGAAUGUCUAGAAUUCAUCCAUCUUUGGAAAACAAAAGCGGAUUAAAUCGCCUAACAAGCGAUGAUCAUGAUCAUCUGGACCCGGUCCCAGUUCCAGUUUCAAGUCCAAAACACACGACUCUUACUGUAUGGAAACGAUCGAGCAUGAGCUUCCAUGGCACUGAUGGCUUCACUGUGUAUGAUCGCAAUGGAAAGCUGGCUUUCCGCGUUGACAACUACUCCAGAAACAGCCAUGUUCGAAGCCGCUGGUCUUGCUCUUCUGUUAACACUCACGGUGGCGCCGGAUGCGGUGGUGGUGGCGGUGGUGGUGCUCUUGUCCUCAUGGACGGAUCCGGCAUUCCGUUAAUUACCCUCAAACCACAGAUUUUCAGUAUUCAAAACCAGUGGAAUGGAUGUAUAUAUAGAGAAGAUGAUAACAUAUCAUCAAAGAGCAACAGAAGAAUCUUCAUGAUGAGGAGACCAUCUUCGUCUAUGAUGGUUUUAGGAAGAACAAAAAACGAGCAAGAUGAAUGCGAGGCUGAAGUCUUCUUCACAGGCACGACGACUGAGCACCAAAACCAUCAUCAUGCAGAAUCGGAAACCGGUGGUGGCGGUGGUUGUGAUUCAAGAAAACUAUUACGCAAACCUGAUUUCAGAAUAGAAGGUUCGUUUUGGAAUCGUAAUUGCAAGAUCAAGAGCACCGGUAGCGGAGAAGUGGCGGCCCAAAUUAUGAGGAAGAGAACAGCUCCGGGAGCGGCGAUGAUGAGUGGUGGCAGUAGCAGCACUGGUAGUACGAUAAUAUUGAGUGAAGAAGUAUUUACCCUGGUGGUGAAUCCAGGUUUCGACCCUCAACUCAUCAUGGCUUUUGUUGUUGUUCUUGAUCGGAUAUGUUUCAAGCCUUUUUUCACUCAUCUCAUGUGUUAAUUAAUUUGUCAUGUGUUUGCUUCAAGAUGUACAACUUGUUAUUCAGUAGCCCUUUGUUUGAAACAGGGAUUCCAUUCAUCAACAAUUAAUAGCACUUUAAAUGUAAGGUGGAUGGUAGCUUGUUGCAAAUCUAUUCAUUAAUUAUUGUCUAAUAUCUAUGAUGCACGGUUGAAGGAAUCAA